GGCUGCUCUCCAGCGCAUUUCCCAAUGUUGCCGAGUCACGAGCUUAGCUACUUAAACUAAUUGUUUUCAUAUGAAAAGACUUAAUAAUUCCUCCCCGGCGCUUCCGGUUUGCGAUCUCACUUGCACCGAGGACUAUUAAUUCUAAAAUUUUCGUCAAAUGCACUGCCAAGAACUUUUUGUCAACAGUAUCCAGGCGGAUAAUUCAAAUAUAAUUGAAAAGUUGAACGCUCAAUGACAUCGUCUUACUUGAUUGGGCGACAUGGCGAAAACAGCUACACGAUCUCAGGGGGUGCCCCUGCCAAGCAUUCUUGAGCCGCCGAGCUUGGUAGUUUCGGAUGGAGAGCCGUCUCCAACGUCCGACGAUGCAGCGGAUGAGGAGCAGCUGUAUAUCGAUCAGGAUGAUGCUCAGUCCAUCAUACAGCCGGCAUUGAGCCCUGUGGCGACGAGGCUCACGCUGCCGAAAACACCCGCAGCAGAGAAAGCGGCCGCGUUGGAACGACUGCCAGGUGGAGGUCUAUUCAGUGUUAUUGAGGGGACCGCGACUCCAGAUCCAGAGCCUUCGCCAGUGAUGGGCCACUCUAGCGAAACUUUAACCCAGACGACUGUGGACAAGACAUCGACACGUCAAGCUAGAGGCUUUUCCUUAGGCCAACUCCCUUCGAGCCAUUCAUCAGUGUACAGAUUUCCAUCGCCAUGGCAAUCAGGACCGAAACAGAUGGUUGUGCAGAAUGAGUCGGGUAGUCCAAAGCCAACAUUAUCAACUGUGUUUGGCCAGGAUAAGCAUCGCCGAUCGAAUUCCGGCGGAGCUGAUGCGUUAAAGAGGAUAAAGGAAGCCUUGCCAUCUAUGCCGUCUAUGCCGUCUAUGCCAUCUAUUUCUUUGCAGUCAUUUUUCUCAGGGCCAUCUUCUGCGAAGAGCCCGAGUCUAGAUGCAAAAAGAUCUUCCCUUUUAAAUGAUAGUAUGCCUGAGCCGAAGCAAUUCACACCAUUCCUUGUCAAUGAGCCAGGUCCGGUUUCUAGGAGCAAAUUACCGCCGCCAAACAGGCAAUCGCUCAUAGGGUUAUCUAUGCCCAAUGCUGACGGUUCUUCAAUAUCGCGGCCGCCUAAUCGUCCGCGGGUAAUAAGGAGAUCCACAUCCGACGAAUCCAUGCUUUAUCAUUCGCUAUCCAGGGUAUCAUCUUUCGGCGAUGAUGAUAGGUGGAAGGAUAUUCGAGAGCAAACCAACAGUAGGCUCAAAGCUAUCACAGACAGCUGGGACAGGCCAACUUUCAAGCUACCUCAACUGCCGAACAUCAUUCCAGCACCACUGAAGAAGAACUCGUUGCUGGGUCCUGAUCAGUCUGACUCGUCCCUGUCGGGAGUAACGCGUACAUCAGCCAUAUUCGAAGUUAAUUCACUAGCACCGAAGGAUGACAACAUGUCGGACCUGGAUCGCGCUUUGGAAUUAUUAACAGGUGAUAUCGUUAUCAUGGGCGGAUACCGUGGCUCCGUGUUGAGAUCUACGAGAACUAAUCGACAGGUCUGGGUACCCGUAAAGCUCGGGUUCAACAUCCGAAAGGUCAACCUCGAAGUAGGGCUUAGUCCAGAGGACGAGGAGAGAAUGGAGGAAACCAUUUAUGCUUCGGGAAUGCUGAAAAAUAUUGGCCCUGUCGAUAUAUCGAAGAAACUAUUUAAAAGGAUUAGAGAGUGUGAGAACGCCCGGGCUGGAAAGCUUAGAAUAUGGGACUAUGGUUACGACUGGCGGCUGAGUCCUCAUAUACUCUCACGCAGACUUAUCAAGUUUCUCGAACAACUACCCUCGAACCAAGGAAAGGGACUGCCUGAGGAUAUGGGGGCAAUGGUAAUUGCCCAUAGUCUUGGGGGCCUCAUCACACGCCACGCCGUGAAUCAACGACCAGAGCUGUUUUCAGGUGUGGUAUACGCGGGUACUCCGCAACGAUGUAUAAAUAUCCUAGGACCGAUUCGAAAUGGCGACGCCGUUCUCUUUAACGAGAAGGUCCUCACGGCGCAGGUUCACUUCUCACUGAGGACGACCUUCAUAUUUUUACCCGAAGACGGCUUCUGCUUUAUCAACAAAAGUACAGGGGAGCAAUAUCCGGUGGACUUCUACGACCCCAAGGAGUGGGUUAAGUACUGCUGGAGUCCGUGUAUCGAACCCUGCCUGCCCUCCUUUAAGUCCCGCACCAGCGCACUAGCUUCCCUCCGAGAGCUUUCUGAAAGGCUUCCCGGGCCGCUCCGGAGCCGGGGGAACAGUGCGGCGAGCGAAUCCCGGUCCCCUACGCGCAACGUUGUCGCCGAAGCAACGCGCAAGGUCGACAUCGCCACCGACAGGACCUUGGCGCCCCAAAUGGGCUCCUCCCAAGGAGAUUCACAGCAACAGCCAAUUACCGACGCGGGAUCGCGUGCCGCUAAUUUGGCGUACUUGACCCGUGUGUUGGCUGAUACUAAGCGGUUCCGCGAAGAGACUAACCACCGCCCCGAACACACUCUUGCGAACAAAUACCCCCCGCUCGCCGUCAUCUACGGCAAGGAGGUGCCGACGGUGUGGGCGGUCAGUGUGGCGUCCCGCGAAGCGAUAUCUUGCGCAGACGUGUACGAUGACUUGGUCUUUCGCAGCGGUGAUGGCGUGGUACUUGCCCGAGAGGCGAUGCUGCCCGAGGGCUACGAGUUGGUGAAAGAGGGGAGAGUGAGCACGGAUAGGGGGCACAUCACAAUGUUAGGGGAUAUGGAUGCUGUAGGCAAAGCGCUUCUUGCUGUGGUGAGAGGGAGGGCAAAGGGAAUCGGGCUAGGGGAGAGAGGGGUUGAGGCUUGAUUCAGUUAAGUAGGGAUCUUAUUAGGCAGAUGCCUUGGGUUUAUGGUAUGCAGCCAUACUUCGAGUUAGGCUGGCUUAGAUUGGAUUAUCAAGAGGGGGAAAGAAUGGGA